UGUAGCUUCAGCACAAACUACUUAUAUCAUAUAGUGGGGAUAUUGCUAGCAUCCUAGCUGUCACCAGCAUUUCUCACACUCAAAAGCAAGGGCCAGGUGGCUGUGGUGGUGGUAGCGGUGUCGGCAGUUUCGGGCGGCGAGGCCAGAAGGGAGCGAGAAGGCGGCGGCCAGGGAGGAGCGAAGCGGCUGGGGCCGGCGGCCCUCCGCAAGAAUGGAUGUGUCCGGGGUGUCGUCGCCCACGGUCACCGUGUUUAUCAGCAGCUCCCUCAAUAGCUUCCGCUCAGAAAAGCGGUACAAUCGCGGCCUCACUCUAGCGGAGUUCAAGUGUAAGCUGGAGUUGGUUGUGGGGAGCCCAGCCUCCUGCAUGGAUCUGGAGCUCUCUGGUGUUGAUGACAGCUUCUGCAUGAAACUUGACCAGGAUGAUGCUCUAUUGGGCUCCUACCCAGUGGAUGAUGGCUGUCGGAUCCAUGUCAUUGACCGAAGUGGAGCCCGUCUGGGUGAAUUUGAGGACCUAUCCCAGGUGGAGAAGUAUGAGAUCUCACAGUCAGCCUAUGAAAGCAGACCUGACUCCGUACGCUCCUUCCUGAAGCGCAGCAAGAUGGGCAAAUUCAAUGAAGAGGAGCAGAAACGACGGGAGGCCGAAGCGGCCCAGCGACUAGCUGAGGAGGAGGCCCAUGCCCAGGCCAUUGUAGUGGGGAGCCGCUGCCAGGUGCAGGCAGCCGGCCAGCCCACCAAGCGGGGCACCGUCAUGUAUGUGGGACUCACAGAUUUCAAGCCUGGAUACUGGGUUGGUGUCCGCUAUGAUGAACCUCUUGGGAAGCAUGAUGGCAGUGUGAAUGGCAAACGAUACUUUGAGUGCCAGGACAAGUAUGGUGCCUUUGUCAAGCCACACACUGUGACUGUGGGGGACUUCCCAGAGGAGGAUUACGGACUGGAUGAUGACGAGAUGUGACCCCCCUGGUGGGGGUGGGGGAUUAAACACUACUGGGGGAGGGUCAUCCCCUUGGAUACAGCCUCCCCAUCUUCUCCCCACUCCCCAGCCUGGGUCUGCACUCUUCCUUUCCGUGUCUGUGGCAUACUCCCCUUGCCCUCUCCUAUCUUGAGUUGUAUUUUUUAUCUUAUUUUCCCCUCAGCUCUUGUGAGGUUGUGAGACAAGUGAAUUAAAUGCCCCCUAAAUCCUCAAAAAAAAAAAAAAAAAAAAAGCAAGGGCCAAAAAGAACAUCUAGGGGGC